AUGAUAUCCGAGGAAGCCCUGCCCUCUGAUCAGCCUCGCCGUUCCACCCGGCUUGCUGGCCAAGCCACUGAAUCCGAAAUAGUAGCCAUGGCUGCCCCGAGCCCCCAAGACGCUCUCAUCCGCGAGAUGAGGGAACAGAUUGCGGCCUUAACGGCCCGUCUAAAUGAACGCUCUCUGUCUGUUGAAUCAAAUCGACAGCACCGGGAGCCCUCGACUGCUUUUGCCGGCCCAAAUGGCCCGGCCUUCCGACCAACAGGCAAAGCUGCCUGGCCUGUUUUUGCCCCCUUCCCAGAGGGCAAGAACCCCGAGUACAGCGACGCCGCCAAAUCGCGCAUCAAGGCCUCCGCGACGUUCUCAGGAAAGAAGGACGAGUUCCAUUCCUUCAUCCUGAGCAUAAAGAACAAAUUUGACGAAGACGUACGAACCUUCCGGACUGAGAACAGCCGGAUGGUCUGUCUGUAUAACCUGCUCGAGGGAAAAGCCCGCCGAGCACUUGAAACCCGCUUCUCCUCUGACACUCGACCCUUCUCUGGAGUGGCAGAGAUGAUCCAAGCCCUCGAGUCCGCCUAUGGCAAUCCGAAUGAGCUUUCCGAGGCUCUUGACCGCCUGCAACGCCUCCAGUUUACCGUGAAUGGGAAGACCGACAUUGUGGACUUCCUUGCGGAAUUUGACUACUUAACUGCGACCGGUCGUGUGCCCGAGGACCAGAUGAAGCAUACCUUGUGGCAGCACAUCCCGGCCAACCUAGAUAACAGCCUCUUGACCAAGACCCGUGACGAGUCCGUGACCUACGAGGUUUUCUACUGCUCCGACUACCGCCAAGACUCCGAACAAGACCGGCUCGACCCUAUCACCUCGCGUGAUGCUGGCAGAGCCUUGACCGACGAUGAGAAAAGGAUCAUCUGGCCAGAUGAUCUUCCUGCCCUCGCCAAGUUCUCCCCGACGAUCCAGCUCUCUCGUCAAGCCCCGCUCUCGGGUCGGAUCGACCCUAAGAUCCAGGCCGACGCUGAGAGGCGGAACCGCCUGCUCGAGAAAGAGGAGAAACGCUACCGGAUCCUCCACAAGAACUGGCGCCGCUCUGAUCAAGCUCCUCCGGCCUCUGUCCCGACCCCGUUACCGACUCCGUCUCCGUCGUUUCAGUCCAAGUCUCCGUCUGCCAAGAAGUCUGUCCGUUUUCAGCUCACGACCGCCCCUGCUACCGACUUCGUCUCCGUCGCCUCGGUCCAAGCCUCCGAAGAUCAAGCCCUGAUUAACGCCCUGGUCUGCCAAGUAGAGUCUCACGAGAGAUUCGAACAGUGGAACGAACUCGAACCGUUGAUGCCCCGGGAUCCAGUCCAGCUCGAGCCAAGCUCCGGCCUUGACCAGACCGUCCCUAACUUCAUCGAGCCCGAUCCGAGUCCGCACGCCGCUUCUGUCCUCUUCGCUCCGAAACCGAACACGACCGCCCGCCGCUUCUGCAUCGACUACCGUUGGAUGAACGAUCAUCUUAAAAGUCGCAUCACGCCCGCUCCGUCCCUCGAAGGUACUGCUUUCGGUUGCCGUGAAGCUCAACGCUUCACGAAGAUCGAUGUGAUCCAGGCCUUCCACCGUCUCCUCCUCCCGUUCGGUCUGAAGGUAGGUCCCGCCUGGUUCCAGCAGUUUAUCAACGCGCAGCUUCACGAUCUCCUCGACCGGUGCGCCAGCGCCUACGCAGAUGACGUCCUGAUCUACUCGGAUAAAGAAGAAGACCACUGGAAAGACUGUCAAGAAGUGAUCUGGCGACUCCAUCAGGCCAACCUCCAGGGAGACAUCAAGAAGUCUAGAUUUAACGUGACCAAGGUUGACUACCUCGGCGUUCUGCUUGAAGCCGGUGUGGGCCUUAGUGUCGACCCUCGGAAAGUUCGAUCGAUACAAGACUGGAAGUUUGAAGACCUCCGAGACCGCACCGCGAUCCGAUCAUUCGUUGGCCUAUGCAACUUCAUCCGUGUUUUCUGCUACCACGCCUCCGGAGUGGCAGAACCCUUGAACCGGUUGCUUAAGAAGGAUGUUGCCUUUGUGAUGGGCCCGGAGCAACGCGAAGCAUUUGAUCAACUCAAGCGCCUGGCUAUCGAAGCCCCGGUCCUCGCCUUCUUUAGACCAGAACUGCCGACCCGACUGGAGACCGAUGCCUCCCGGAAUGCCACAGCUGGUGUUCUAUGGCAGGAACAGCCUGAUCAGACCUGGAAGCCCGUUGGAUUCUUCUCUAAGACCAUGACCCCGGCCGAGCGAGCCUACCCAAUCCAAGAUCGAGAGCUCCUCGCCGUCGUACAGAGUCUAGAGCACUUCUACCCAGAGCUCUUAGGCCAGAAGUUCGAUGUGAUCACCGAUCACGAAGCCUUAGUCCAUUUCUCUACGAAGCGCCUGCUCUCGGUACGACAGAUCAGAUGGUCCGACUUUCUCGCCCAGUUCGACAUCCGUUUCCUCUACCGCCCCGGUCGACUGAACGUAGUCGCCGAUGCCCUCUCCAGGAAGACAGCGGAGCUCCCUACCGUAAAGGCCCGGGAAGCCGAGGAACGCACGGUGACCCUGAUCCUCCGGAAAGGCUAG